AUGUGCGCAACUGCGUCCUCACCAAUCUCACGUCGCUUGAGAGGCGGAAAUUUUCUGGUUUCGUUUGCACAGUACACUGCUCUAAUGAGAGAAGACAUAUUCAGACGUUUGACAUUUGGCAUAAAGAAAACUCGAAGGGAAGCGGCCAAGGAUGAAGAAGAGUCAGAUGCAACUGCUGCUUUACGACUUCGUGUCCUUCCCGAGAAUAUACAAGAAGAGUUGAAAAAACUGAAGAAGAAGCUGAAAGGAGAGGAAGUUCAGCAAGAAACUGCAACUGCAAGUAAUGUCGAGGAAGACGGAGACAUAAAGCUAUUUUCCGGCAGCACCAACAUUGAAGGAAAACCAUCGAUAAACAGAGACCACACCACUGUAGACUCUGUUGGCAGCAAGGAAGGCGAAAAGAGGUUAGCUGAAAUGAUAAAUCAGUUGCGUCGCCUGAAUAGGAUCUACACCUGGGGAGACAAUGUUCCUGACCCAUUCAUUGGCUUUUUCGAGCUAAAUCUGCCAGAUGCUUUGCUGUCAUCUUUGAAGGAAUUUGGUAUUGAGACUCCAACUCCUAUACAGAUGCAGGCAAUACCUUUUAUGAUGGAGCACAGAGAUGUCCUUGCUAGUGCUCCGACUGGAUCUGGAAAAACCCUUGCUUUUGCCAUACCCAUAAUUUUGGAUGUCCUAAGAUUGAAGAAGUUGAAGAAAUAUAAGGAUGGAUCUAAGCUUUUGGCAAUUGUAUUAGAACCAACAAGAGAGCUGGCUGCUCAGACUUAUCGCCAGUUCCUGAAAUUCAGCCAAAAUUUGCCUGUGAGCACUGCUUUAUUUGAAACUGAAGAAAUCCCGCACAAUGUCGAUGUUCUGGUCUCCACUCCAAAUCGACUAACGCAUCACUUGAAGGAUAUGAAACUAAAGUUUUUGAGGUGGCUCAUAGUCGAUGAAAGCGAUCGCCUUUUCGAAGUUGUCGAAGGGCAGGAGCGAUGUUUUCGCAAUCAGCUAGCUGCAGUCUAUAAGGCUUGUGAUGGAAAAUUCACUCGGAGAGCUUUCUUUAGCGCCACAUUCUCCUACGAAGUUGAAGAAUGGUGUAAGGAAAAUCUGAACAAUGUCGCUAUGGUAUGCAUUGGAGAAAGGAACUCAGCAAAUACGAAUGUAGAGCAAGAGCUGAUUUUCGCUGGCUCAGAGCAUGGUAAACUCCUUGCUAUUAGAACUCUUUUGCAAACCCAGUUCGACCCGCCCGCGUUAAUCUUUGUCCAGACAAAGGAACGAGCUAGAGAAUUAUUGUCGGCUUUGUCUUCUCUCACACCACCGAUACCAGCAGCUUGCAUUAGCAGCGAAAAAUCGCAAAAUGAGAGAGACCGCAUUGUUGAGUCAUUCCGCAGUGGUCGACUUUGGGUAUUAAUUUGUACUGAACUUAUGGGUAGAGGUUUGGAUCUCCGCAAUGUGAACCUUGUAAUCAACUUCGACUUGCCAACAUCGAUAAUCAGCUACAUACAUCGAAUAGGCCGAACCGGACGUGCUGGACGAAAGGGUCGCGCCAUAACUUACUUUACCGAAUCAGAUACAAAAUAUCUGAGAUCAAUAGCUACGGUAAUACAUCAAGCUGGUUUCCAAGUUCCGGAGUAUACACUUCAUCUCAAGCCGUUAUCUAGAAACGAGAAGAAAGAACUGAUUCGACAUGGUCCUAAGCGGAAACAUAUAGCCUUCAUAAAAAAGAAAAAGAAAAGUGAUGGUACAAAAGACGAUGAGGGGUCUGUUCGUGUUACUAAGAAGGCCAGACACGAUAUUGGAGGCAUCACGAAGUCGAAAGAAGAACUGAAUGAUGGAAUCAAGAAGAAAUCAAAAUUAUCUGCAAAGAAUUGUACCCUAAAAAAUAGCAUGGAUCAGCUCAAUAGGGACGUUUUGCUUCUAAUCUGCUCUUAUUUGGAUCUCGGAGCCCUAGCAAGCUUAUCUGUAGUUUAUCCAGGAUUGUCAAAUGAUAUUUUCCGAAUAUUGAGGAGCACGAGAUGGGCGCUCAAGCUGAGAAUUCUUCCACAAUAUACCAGCAUGGCGUACAUUUCUAUACCAAAAUCGAACUCCCACAUCUCAUUACCGGAAGAAAAACCAAUCCAGGACGACCUCUUACUAGGACAAUGGACUGAGUUACGAGGGGUAGUAAGAAAACAAAUCCCGUACGAAUCCAUGCAUAUCACAUAUUUGGACAUUACACAGUUCGGAUCCGCCACUGUGCCUGCGGAUGUAAAAUAUAUUUUGGGAGCUAUAGAAACGGAUUUACUGAGCUUGAAAUACGAAAGCCGAACCGAGGCUCGAAAGAUUCUUGAACGGGUAUCAUUUAACCCUGGAGCUACCCUAUACAUGCAUGAGCUCACUUUUGAGAAAGCUACUGAACCACUUAUUCCUACCGAACUAACACAUAUCGACGAUGUCUGGUUCUGCGGUGACAUCUUGCCAGCCGACUUUAUCACUCUACUGUCCUCAGAAAUUUCGUCUCUUUGCCUAACAUGCGACCGAAUACGGAAGGAUUGUGUAGUAAUAGUAAGAGAAUACAUAAAGAAUUUCCUUGAUGGUAGGACCAAUCAAACAAGCUGCAGGAUCAGUUCGAGUGGAGAACUUUUGCGGCAUGUAUUUGAGGACUUAGCUGGAGUCGGUGAAGAAUGUAUGGCUAAUGGACCCCGACGCGUUCAUCUCAUUAGCGCUUUGGAAGAAACUCCUAUACAUUGCUUCAUUGAUGCUAUUGUACCUAAACUGGAUCGUCUAAGUAAGGACUUACUGCUCCUGAUCUGCUCCUAUCUGGAUCUGAAAGCCCUAGCAAAUUUAUCAGUGGUCUAUCCAAAAUUGUCAAAUGAUAUUUUUCGAACACUGAGGAGCAGUAGAUGGGCGCUCAAACUGAGAAUUUCUUCACGACAUACCAGCAUGGAAUAUAUUUCCGUACCAAAGUCGAAAUCCCAUAUAUCAUUACCGGAAGACAAAACAAUCCAGGAAAAAUACAGAACGCUUUUAUCCGUCCAGGACGAUCUGAUGCUGGAAAAAUGGACUGAGUUACAAGGGGUAGUCAGAAAACGAAUUCCAUACAACUCGAUGCAUAUUAAUUUUUUAGACAUUACACAGUUGGGAUCCGUGCCCACCGAUGUGAAACAUAUAUUGGGAUCCAUAAAAACUGAUCUGUUGAGCUUGAAUUAUUGCAGUCGAGUGGAAGCUCGGAAAAUUCUCGAACGGAUAUCCUUUAACCCCAGAGCUACCCUACACAUACAUGAAUAUAAUUUUGGACAAGAUACUGUACCACUUAUUCCCACUAGACUCACCAAUAUUGAAGACGUCUGGUUCAAUGGUGACAUCUUGCCAGCCGACUUCAUAACCUUACUCUCGUUAGAAAACUUAUCUCUUUGGUUAUCAUGUAAUCGAAUAAUAUGGAAAGAUUUUGUUGUAUUAUUAAGGGAGUACGUAAAGAAUUUUCUUGAUGGUAGGACAAAUCAGACAAGUUGUAAUAUCAAUUUACGCGGGAAAGUGUUGAGGAAUGUAUUUGAAGACAAAGCUGAUGUUGAUGAAGAGUGCAUGGCUAAUGGACCUCGACGUGUUCAUCUUAUUAGCGACACACACAUUACUUAUAUACGUUGCUUCAUUGAUGCUGCAAAUACAUGUACAUAA